AUGAUAACGCCGAGUGAAGAUCAACUCCCGUGGCUGGUAGCCGCUGAUGGGAUGCGAAUACCGCCCUUCGGCAUCGGAACGCAUGAACUCCGCGGCGACGACUGCACGGCGGCAGUAGAAACGGCAUUGCGGGCGGGUGUGCGGCUCAUCGACACUGCGGCGGCGUAUCAUAAUGAGACACUCGUGGCGAAGGGCAUUAAAGCCUCCGGAGUGCCGCGCAGUGCGUUGGUGGUUGUUGUGAAGAUCGCCCCGAAGGCGAUGGGCCCGACAGCCGCAGACGUCGCCGCCGGUGUUCGCCGCAGUGUGCAGCUGUUAGAAAUUGACUACGCCGACGUGGUGCUUCUGCACUGGCCGGGCUGCGGCGGAGCGGCGGUAAAUGAUGUGAAGGCACACCGCACCGCCCGCCGUCACUGUUGGGAGGCACUCGAGCAGUUGCGGCGUGAAGGAAUUGUGCGGCAUGCGGGGGUGUCGAACUUCGCCCCGCGGCACUUUGCGAGUUUGGCCGCCGACGGCAGUGAGAAGACACUCUUUGAUCCAUCCAAUCCCUGUAGGCCGGUAGUAAAUCAGAUUGAACUUCAUCCAUUAUGUGUGCAGAAGGAUGUUUGUGAUUACUGCCGUGAUCAUGGGAUCCUUCUUCAGCAGUACUCUCCACUGGCGAAGGGAAAUGCAAUGCUGCUUGAGCAUCCCACUUUGUGUGCUAUUGUGAAGGAUGUUUUUCCCGGAUUUACAGUUCCGGAUGUGUUGAUUAUGUGGGGAUUGUGUCAGGGUUUCUGUGUGCUCGUAAAGUGUCGAUCUGAGGAACACCUGAAGCAGAAUUUGAAUAUCGCAAGGAAAUUCUUUGCGAAAGGAAUGAUUAGUGAUCAUCAGAUGCAGCAGUUACGUUGUUUGCGUGAAUCUAUGGGAAUAAAAGAUGAUCAUCACUUCUUCUGGCACAGUAAUAACAUCGACUAA